AGGGAGUCUCCACUUGGUGCAAAAAGCAGCUGAGCGGAGGAGGAGGAGGACGAGGCGGACGGCAUCACAAAGUUUGAGGUUGCAGCCGAGGAACCUCGCGCGGCAUCAGCACAGAUGUGUUUGGCCCCUUCUGGUGUGUGAGGCUUUCUGACCUGGCGGUCCCAUUCUCCAGCCCACCCUAAGCUGAAUAAUGUAAUCAGCUGCACUGACUGCCUUCACUUCAGCAAGGUGCCGAGUGAAUUUGAGCUGCUGUAACUCAUCCACGGCUGACGUCAUGUCUACACAGGACGUCACCUGGAGUCCAUUCUAAGACUCGGCUAUUGGACUCGCCUUUUAUGAAUGAACUUCACACAUCUGUUAGACUCACACUCGUUAUUUUCCACCUCUUGUUGCCUCACCAUUAGUCACUUUUUUAUGUGUGUGCGUGUGUGUGUGUGUGUGUGUGUGUGCGGGACUCAUCCCAAAGGGAAAUGGUGAGAAGAACUUCUCUGGACACUUGACGUGUCUGACCCACUUGUCAAUCUGUAUCUUGGUAGGCAGUUGGAGGACUUUUGUAUUUGCUUGGGAAUUACUGUUAGCUUUCUUUUUUUUUUCUUUUCUUUUUUUUUUUGUAUUGAUGCACCCACUGAAGAAGACAGUAGGAAAACCUUAUCAGCAUCACUGAACUGACAUCCAAACAUUGCUCUACCCAAUUGCUUCUCUUUCCUAAUCAGCGCCGUAUCAGUUCCCAGGACAUUGACCUUGCCUUGCUGUGACUUCCUGUCUUGUCUGAUUAUUCCCCUAAAAAUACCUGGGGGGUUCACUGCAGACGGAUUUGCAAUUUCCUUUCUUAAGUAAGUCCUUAUUAAUAUAAAAGAAUGUGGCAGGUUGUCACAUCAGAUUAGGAAGACAGUUGUCACUCCGACUGACCUACAUUUAUCUAAAUAAACCAGAGUAAACACUGCUCUGGAGGUCGUUCAAUCGUAUACGCAAUCUCUGAUUUAUACUCCAAGAGAGAUUUAAAAAACACAAUCAGUUGCUCAUGAACACCUUUCCUUCCUUCUCCUCACCACCCCCCAAUACACCAACUAUCCAGUCGGUGUGCAAACCGUGCCUCCGGGCCCCGUGGGGGAUGAGCGAUGGGCCCACGCUUGACUACGAGAUGCUGCUGUCCCCGGCCGGUUCUUCCCUCCCCGGCAGCGCUGGCGGCGGCGGCAGCAGCAGCAGCCCCCCGCUGGCUCUGGUCGGGGUGGACGCUGAGCAGCGCACCGCUUUGGCCUUCGUGGGCCUCCUCAUGCUCUUCUUGGUCUUCCUGCUGGUCAGGUGCUUCAGGAUCCUGCUGGACCCCUACAGUCGCAUGCCUGCAUCAUCCUGGACUGACCACAAGGAGGGGCUGGAAAGGGGUCAAUUUGAUUACGCAUUGGUGUAGGAGGGGCUCAAAGGGUAACAAUGCACAUGGGUACCAUCUGUCGGAGCUUUGAUUUGAAAUCUAAAUGUCGACAUUGAAUCAUAUUAUGAACACUCUCAAGCAGUUGUUUUUUUUUUUUGGGGGGGGCGGGGGUGUUCACUUAAAAGCCUGAUUUUGGGUGACGUGUGUUUGUGUUAAGUGUGAGGCAUACCGUGACUGCACUCACGCAGACCAGCAGGAACACAAAAAGCCAAAAUAAUGAAGCUGCACAGCUGCCUUAAUCUGACCUGUUGUACUAGCUUGACAGCAUACAGCACAGCAUCACUUUAGCAAAAUACAAAUUUAUCAAUUCAUUUUCAUCUUCACACAAAUCUUUUCAAGUGUGGGACAGUGAGAAUAGAGAACAGCUAAAUGUAAAAAUACUGAAUGACUUCCAAUUUCCAAGUUCCAAUAAUAAUAAUAAUAAUAAAAUACUCUUAAUAUAGAAAAUGUAGCGUCAAUUAAGGAUGUUAAUGUCAAGGGGCACUUAAGGCAUGUUACAUUGUUUUACAAGGUCACACCGUACAGUGGAGUAAAGAAAAAAAAAACAUGCGGUUUUUCUCAGCCCAGUGAGUGUGCAUGGAUGUGAAACAUUUGCAGCACUUGGCUGGUUCCUAUGUGUGCAGACACACAGGAGCAGAGCAAGGUGGUGAAAAAUGUGAAUACAUCACCCAAUGAUGAUUUGUCAAUGGGCUGCUAAAAUUGGCCCGAUUAAUCAAUGGGGGGGAUAAAAGUGGGUUUCAGUAAAAGAGAACUGAAUAGUUGCAAGAUUAAACCACUUUUGCAACAUUUCUUUUAGGUUGGUAAAAUAACUUGCAUUCUUAAUACAUAUUUUUUUAUUUUGAUUUUAUUUCUAAUUGCAUUGAGGGCAGAACAGUGUGGUCAGUUGGAACGCCUUGGCCUCACAGUUCUGAGGUCCCGGGUUCAAUCCCAGACCCGCCUGGGUUUCUCCAGGCACUCCGGUUUCCUCCCACAUCACCAAAACAUGCAACAUUAAUUGGACACUCUAAUUGUGAGUGCGGCUGUUUGUCUCUAUGUGCCCUGUGAUUGGCUGGCAACUAGUUCAGCGUGCCCGUUGGCAGCUGGCCUAGGCUCCAGCACUCCCGCAACCCUUGUGAGGAUAAGUGGCUAAGAAAAUGGAUGGAUGGAUAAUUGCAUUGAUCAAGUAUUCAGCCAGCAGACGUGAGUUCCAUCCUCCAAGCCAGGACUCCUUUUGUGGCGGCAUCGCUUCAGGUAUGACAGGAAAAGAAGACACACAAUAAUAUAAUAUCAUUCAUCUUGAUUCUCACUGAACUGAAUUCUAAAAAGAUGGACAGGCUCUCUCUCUAUAUAUAAAUUAACCUGUUUUGAUUUUCUGCAUUGCUUAUCCUCAAUACGGUCUCAUGAGGUCGGACUUGGGAACCAUGCCGCAAUCUGCCCCUCCACUGAAAGCUGCUGAUUUAAGGUUUACAUUUGGACAGCAAACAUCAGUUCACGCUGCUAACACGGGCAAAGAUGGCGAGUUUACACUGAAGCAGUGGGCCCUUUAAUUCAUCAAAAGCUGUUCCAAAGCGUUCAUUAUUUAUCUGCUCAUCGAGGAUUGCACAUGCUACCUUUUUUUGCGUGUGCUAAUUGUGUUUAUAGAUGUCAAUCCUUGACUAGCACCGCAACUUCAAAUGUUUUCAAAGCCACAGCAGGUAGUUGAUGUCUCCUUGAAUUCUUAUGAGUGUUAUGUGUUUGUGUCUAUAACUUGACAAGCCAUAUUGAUCCAAUAUAAAUAUCUAAUCUCUUACUCGCAAGUACGUUUGUGUUAUAUUUUUUUCUUUUUCAUUUGCCUGCCAAGUGUGGUGAUAAAGCAAAAGCAAUCUUUAGCUCAAACAUUGCUUUAUUUUUCUAAUCUUGACUCGAGUUUUGGAGUCUCCUUUUUGCUAUCUGCCCGUCCUUCCCGAUGAUGUAAAAGUGCACUGUAUAUUUUGAGAGUAGUGACUCAGCCAUGUCGUUUUUUG